CAUGGCGGUCGAGGGCCCACCUGUCAAGUGGCGGCCGGCAAGUUAGCUCGGGGGCUUUAUUUGCUUACCGGUAGCCCCGCGCAGGUAUAGUCCAGUACUUUGUCGGCUUAUCGUGCCCGGCUUAGACAGACGCGCUUUUGUAUGCAUCAUGAAACGUAACCGUACCCCUCGGCCGGGAAAGUUGGGCCACCCUGGGUUCUGUAACAGGCACCGUGAAAUCACCCUGAAGCUGUAAUUUUAUGUCCCCAGCGGUAAUUAGACAGUUGAAUAUGAGAUAGACAUCGUCAUGACGAACCGGUCGAAGGCAGUAAAAGCUACGAAUCCGUUACGUUACUUAGACUUGUCUUUUGAAGGGCGGCAGAAGGCCAGCAGUGAAGAGUUGAAUAACGGACUUAAACCCCAUGGCGGACAUCGAGGCCGAGGCAAACACCCACUUAGUCACUUCUCAUUUGACAAACCACGUGACUAUCACGAGAAACUGCGAGAAGACAUUGACAAGUUGUUUGAAGAGGAAGAUUUGAAAGUUCACGGCUCUCCGGCAUGGGUUUGUGAGGCAAGUCGAGAAGUCACCCAUGGUGGAGAGUCACCUCUAAUUGUCAACAAAUUCUUAGCCGCAAGCCGGGUGGAGCCACCGCGCAGCGCUCAGUCUCGGCGAAGUGCAAGAUCCGCGAGAAACAGCAAAACUCCUCCACCGAAGAAAGAAGGCGUAUUGUAUUAUCGGCCAAACCGGACUCACCAGUACUUGACCUCUACCGAGUUGAAGGACUGUUCACAGGGAGAAUCUAACAUCAAAUAUGGCCGACCGACCAGAACUACGUUGCUCCGUGCUCGUCAAAGGAGUAAUUCGGCUCCCAUCAACGCGUAUGAAGUCAGACGUGAGAUGAUGAAGCGAGCCGAGGAGCGCAAAUCAAAGAGUUACCUUAACAAUAAGCAGGACGUUCUGAACAUCUGGGCUGGAUUUGGAGAGAGCCAGCAUUCCUGGCUCAUAGGUGCGCGUUACAAUAGGGCUCAUUACGUGGAUGCCAAGAGUUUCAGUCUGUACGGAAUGUACAUGCCGAGGAACAACCCGAUGGGCUGCUUCGCUACACAUUCCAUGGCCAGCCUAGUGAAAGAUUUUGACGAAUUCAGUUGCCCGUCAGCGCCUCCUGACACGCCACGUAGUGACGAUGAAGGGGAGAUAGCUCCUAACUACGCCCAAAGAGUUCGCAGCGCUCCUGUGGUAAGAAAACUUCACAUCAGCUCGUCGCCACCCACGGCCAAACAGGCAUGGAGCGAGUCUGCGACGUCUGAUGCGGAGGUCACACGAGAUCCCGAAACUGCGAAGCAAAACAGUGAACGGAUGCCAGAGGAAGUAGCAACUAAAGCAGAGGGUCUCAACGUAAAGGGUAGCCGACUGUUCGCCCCUCGUGUGGAGUCCGCAAAGCGAUCUGUGUUACCCACUGUACAGGGCAGGUCGUGGCGGUCUCCCCGACGGAGACAGACGACUGAGGAAAGUAUGAUGUCGCAUCCUCCCCCACCCACGCCGAUGGGACUGGCGUCAUCGAAUCAGAGGGACCCCACGGAGAGCAUAAAGUUAGAGGAUCUCAUCACGAAACGAUCUUACAGUGGGCGAGGGCCACUUUCUGACAAAUCGCCCAGCGAACAGAGCAAAGAUGACCAUAGGCUAUCGGCACCGAAGAAAAUCAAGCCGAUUUUAGUAGACAGAUCCGUUAAUGUUCCAUCGGUGUCUGGAGACUCUACACAGCUUGGCGUGAGACCACAAAGUGGGGUAGGACGUGUUACGGGAGUGUCUGCGGAGACGCCACCGAAGGUGACACCGGACAAAGAAAACGGAGAAAAAGAUAGCGUUAGGCUUGACUUGGAACGGACGGAGGAAACCGCACUCCUCGACCGAGAAGUGCCCACAAACUCUCCAGAAGGAACGGUACAUGUGACGUCACCGUGUAGUGAUGGUAACGAAUCACAGACAGGAAAUGACCUUUUGGUGUCUUGCAAUCCAACGAAAAUAAAUCAUUCGGAGAUGAUAAUGGAAAACGAAACGCAGAAACUAACAAAUGAUAACGUGGUUUUCUUCAUAACGGAAAAGGGUGAAGCAAAGGCCGACGGGGAGAAUUCGACGGGGUCCGAAAAAGAAUUGCAAAAUCUUGUUGACGACGAUUUGGAACCUUCUGUAGAGGAAGCAGGCAUGGUUAGCAACAGGUAUAGCGAUGGCAGGUCGCAGAAAACCGUCAGUGCUGAAGACAUCACAGUUGAUUCAGAGAAGGACACUGCAGAACAUGAGGAUGACAACGUAACUACGUCACCGAUAAUACACGUCAAGGUAGACAUAUCGAGAAACGCUUAUCAGUAGAAUGGAAUUGUAUAUGUAUGUGUAUUUUUGGUCAAAUAUCAUGGGGAUGUCCUUCUGAUCAAAGCAUUAAGGUUAAAGACUGUUCCCUGGCGAACUGUAGAAAUGCCCUUACAUUUAUGCGACAAGAGACAAGUGUUUUCUACUAAACAUUAGACAAAUGACAUAAAUUCGGUGAAGACAUAAAAACAUGCAUUAUAUUGAAAUAAAUUUCUCGUUCUUUAAAUACCAUUAACAUAGAAUCUCAUAUGUGACCAUGGAUAAGAUGUACCCGUAUUAUAAACAUAAUCUAUUUAAAGGUGUUAAAUACGUACAAGGCAAAAUGUUUCCAUCUCAUUAGUGAAUAUCGUCUAUGGCUUUCAUGUGUGAACCAGACGUCAUGGCAAAAGAUACGCCCAACCAUUACUCAUACAGUUGAAACAACACGUGACGAUUCAUUCUGCAAUUUUUUUUUUACUAAAGGGAAAACUAUAAAUUUUAACAUGUUGACUUUUGUGGCAUGGUUAGUUCAAAUUGUUUGUGAUAAUUCUCUGAUUAUAGCACACAUCAAAGACUGGCAGUUUUUAGCUUCAAGGCUUCCGGUGUAUUAAGCUUUUAAAAUCGCUAUCCAGUGUUGGACUGAAGUCGUAGCUGGCCAUGUAAAAUGUACCCUAGGGGCAUAAUAUAUGAUUUUGCGAUACAUCUAAGUGUCUAUAUAAUGUGGCCACUGCUUAGUGCACGGUUUCUUUUGUGACAACAUCUGGACGUAAAUUUUGUUACACUCUCUCUUAUUGGUUACUAUAUGUAUAUAUCUUCAUGAAUGCCGACCUGUUGGAUGCAGAUGUAACUAAAUUUAGUCUGUUGCCACGCUCUCGUCAUGUUGUGAAAAUGCUGAAAAGAAGUUCAUACGAUUUUAACCUCCUCUUUCUAUAGAUAUACCAUGUCCUUUUCGAAACGCCAUUAAAAAAACUACCACCAUGCCCUUUUCACGAUGAAGAUCGAAAACAGGAUUAGAUGGUAAGCAUACAAAAAUAGCUCUAUACUCAUCAUUGAACACCGACAUAAUCUUGUAAGGUCAGAUACCAGUACAUUUUGUGGCUCGUCUAGUGCGCACUGAUAUGACAAAGUAUUGAUGACUACAGGUACUAAAAUACACGAUUCGGAAUUAGAGUGUGCUUGUUAUAAAGCAAACGAAUUGCAUGACGACUAAUAAUUUUAAUGAUCGCAAAACCGAACCAAUGUCUCGUGGAGGCUUAAUUGUGUACUCUGUGAAAAACUACAUCUUAUAAUACCUUUCAUAUGUGAGAUUCCGGUCAGCAUUGCGCUUUAGCUCGCGUAAUUGAAAGCUGCACACUCCAGCUGGAGAAUCCUUCUGACAGAAGCAAACGGAAUACACCACAGACUUAGAAUUAAUGGAAGUAGCCUAAAUAUAGUGUUUUGUCCUUUGCAAGAAAUGAUACAUUGUGUUUCAAUACAUCACCUGCAUAAAUAGAUAAUCUACAUUGUUAUCAGUGCUGUAUUUUAUUGCUCUAAUCAUCCCAAUCUUUUCUUGUACUCGCGUCAGUUUGAUGUCCUCAACCGGUACUCUCUCUAAUACUAACGUCCUCUUCUCUCGAACCUAAUUUUCUUAUUCCCACAUUCUCUCCAGUUAAAGUGCUCUCAUCGUACAUUCGUGAUUUGAAAUGUGUGCCUAUUUCUGUAAUGUAGAGUGUGAGUGCCCUCAGAACUGAAUCGCUGAAAUCCUUUGCGAAUGAGACAGAGGCAAAAUGAAUUAAGGAGAUUCCUUUGUGCUACAAGAUCACGUAGGAUGUUAAAUAAAUGAACAACAAUACUACUACUUAAUUCAAGGAAUUUCUUUUCAGGCAAAUAAAGUUUUCUUGUAUUGUUGUUAUGCAACGAAAGAUGGGUUUCAAGCCAACCUGACAAAAUCUACAUUUAUGGAUCACUCAAUAUUUGUUUUUGUAAAUAUGUAUUUAUUUGAUUUCUGUUUUACACCAUACUCAAGAAUAUUUCACUUAUACGAUGGCGGCCAUUUUUGUAAAUAGGAGAUAAUUGUUGAUGUUAAGUUUUUCAUUUAUAUAAAAAAAGUGUGUUUUUUCCUCUGUGAUUCGAGAACAGUAUUUCGCUUUAUAUUCAGUAACGGCAUUAGUUUUCAUGACAGGGUUCCAUUUCCUGUAUCGGCCUUAGUUUUCACGCCAGUACUUCGCUAUGUCUUCUGAAUUGGCAUCAUAGUUUUCCUGCCAGUAUUUCGCUGCGUCUUCUGUAUUGUGAUUAGCCUUCGUGCCAGUACUUCGCUGCGUCUUCUGUAUUGGGAUUAGGCUGCCUGCCAGUACUUCGCUACGUCUUCUGUAUUGGGAUUAGGCUGCCUGACAGUACUUCGCUGCGUCUUCUGUAUUGGGAUUAGCCUUCAUGCCAGUACUUCGCUGCGUCUUCUGUAUUGGGAUUAGCCUUCAUUCCAGUACUUCGUUGCGUCUUCUGUAUUUGUGAUUAGCCUUCGUGCCAGUUCUUUGCUGCGUCUUCUGUAUUGGGAUUAGGCUGCCUGCCAUUACUUCGCUGCGUCUUCUGUAUUGGGAUUAGCCUUCAU